AUGGACUCGGAUGAUUCUUCCCAGAAGAGCAGCGAGAAAAGUCGCAGAAGCCUCCUUGGCCUCCGACAACUAUCCAGCGAUGCCAAAGGCUUUUUCAAAGAACAAGUCACAAAGGCCAAACAUGUGCGCGACGACCUUGUCCACAAGCGAGGAGAGCCUUCGACGCCCAAGCGUGAUGUCGACCCGACGCAAGCUCAACCACUGAUCUCAUCACCUAUCACACCCUCUACCCCCACAACACCCUGGACAUCAUGGAAGGCGCUGCCCAGACAGCCGAAGACAGAUGGAAAGGCACUACCUCAGCAGCCUACGCCUUCGCUCUCAUCGCCUCAACCACGCUUACACCACCUAUCAGCCCUCCGUGUUGGCCUGACUUCCUUAGUCGUUCUUCAUCAUACCGCUAUCCCGUAUGGUGGACUCGGCAACUGGGGCUGGCAUUCGCCCUGUUUCCCGUCAAUGAGCCCGGCGCUUGCCGGCUUCAAUGCAGUCAACCAGACCUUCUUUAUGGCAGGGUUCUAUUGGCUGGCCGGAUACUUCACCCACGGCCAGCUACAGAAGCUCAUCCAACGCAGGGCGGCACCGAAGUCUCCUAGCUCGUCUAGGAGGGAAGAAGGGACGUCGAUAUCGUUCGUUACAGGGCGAGCGCAGCGGUUGGUCGUACCUGCCGUUGCCUACACGGUGUUGGCAGCGCCUCUGUUCAGGCUACUGAUUCUAGCCAGCGACCGCUCCCUGGCCCUCUCCUCAUCAGACGUGAAACAACUUCUGCGGAACUACUUCGAGACCUUGCGAGGUAUCAAAGGGCCAGUAUGGUUUAGCGUUGUGCUGUUCUUCUUCGACGCCAUAGCUGCAGGUGUGGCAACUCUCCGACCCUCAUCCUUCCAGCAGUGGCCCACUUGGUCAUCUCCGCAGCGCAAAUACGUCCUCGGCGCCUUUGGAUUGAGCGCUCUGACGGCGUUCCUCGUCCGUGUCCCUUUCCCAGUGGGCCGUAUCUUGACGCCGCUGAACCUCCAGCCUGCUUUCCUGCCGCAAUACAUCUUCGCGUAUGCCAUGGGGCACAUCUGCGCCAACACAGGUAGCAUGUACUUGCACAGCCUCUUCCUCAGCUCUCGCAACGAGCCACUGUCAAGCCUCGCCCUCUCAGUCGUCACCAUGAUGCUCGGCCUCGCCGCCACCCUCGCCUCCACCAUGUUGAGUCAGAAGCGGAUCCCCUCAUUCACGGCAGGCUUGAAGCUCACGGCCGGCGGUCUCAACCUGCCCGCGGCGCUCUACGCAAUCUGGAACGAACUCGGCUUCAUCACGCUCCUCCCCUCGCUCGUGGCCGUCUGCGAGAAGUACUUCAACCGCGCGGACCUUCUGACUUUCGGCCUACCACGCUUCUCGCCUUUCCGCAAGACUCCGAAUAAGGAGCGGAGGAAGGUCAAUCUGGCGCGCUACUCAUAUGCCACUUUCCUCGUGCAUCCCAUCGUCAGUCUAGGCGUGGAGCUCUUGGCGCAGAGGUUCAUCAUGCCGCACGUGGACUGCAGCCAGCUCAGCAAGGGGAAGACGGCGUGGGCGCUUUGCGCUCCUGUCGUUGCGACGGUCGUUGUCGGGUCGGUGAACACGGUCGCCUCGUGGAUGGCGGGGAUCGCCAUGGUGGAGUGCGUGCCGUUCGUUGGGCGGUGGAUCUAA